UUCCUGUACAAUAUGUCCACAGCCACCAGGGAGAUAUCAUUUGUGCACGCCAUAAGUGCGGCAGGCGUCAUGUUCACGCUCACCAAAAACUGUAGUUUGGGUGAACUUGCCAACUGCGGAUGUGACGUCUCCAGGAACGGCAAACCAGGGGGCCGCGGGUGGAUGUGGGGUGGCUGCAGUGAUGACGAGGGUUUCGGCGCGAGGAUCUCCAGGCAGUACGUGGAUGCGCUUGAAACGGGGCAAGACACCCGGGCGUUGAUGAAUCUGCACAAUAACGAUGCCGGCCGUCAGGCAGUGAAGGCCACCAUGCGGCGCGUGUGCAGGUGUCACGGGCUCUCCCAGAGCUGUAGCAUGCAGACGUGUUGGAUGCAGCUCGCGGAGUUCCGAGACGUGGGGAACUACCUGAAGGUGAAGCAUGACCAGGCGCAGAAGCUCGAGAUGGACAAGAGGCGCGUGCGCGCCGGAAACAGUGCUGACAACCGCGAUGCGCUGGCGGACGCAUUUAGCAGCAUCGCGCGCACUGAUCUCAUCUAUCUCGAGGACUCUCCAGACUACUGCGUGCGGAACCUGAGUCUCGGGCUGUAUGGCACCGAGGAGCGAGAGUGCUUGCAGAACGGUGACAGUCUUUCCCAAUGGGAGCGACGCAGCUGCCGACGCCUCUGUCACGAGUGCGGACUGCGCGUGGAGCAGCGGCGCGUGGAGACGUCAAGUAGCUGCAACUGCAAGUUCAACUGGUGUUGCAACGUCACGUGCGAUACCUGCACUCAGGUCACAAUCAAACACGUGUGCACGCGGAAACAUGGAGGUCACUGGCAGCACAGGCGGAAAAACCGCGGAAAUAAAUCUGUGCGCUGAUAAUAGACUGUAAAUAAUAUUCGGUGGCAUUGCCUCCACUGAUUUUCCAGAUGUAUUUAGACUUUGUGUUUGUUAUGUAUUUAUGUCUAAAUAGCCUACUUGUAAAUAAAUGAA